UGUCACCAAAAAACAUUUUCCCCUCUUGGUAAGUUUAGAACCUUCACCCCUUCCUUUUUUUUCUUUUUCAUUUUUUUUAUCUUUUUCGAAUUUAUGAAAAACAUUUAAUAUAAUUUCCCGAUUUAUCUUUUCCCAACCGCCGAAGCAAAAUUCAGUUGUCUCUUUUUCAUUUUUCGUGCCCCUUUUUUAAUUUUCUUUUUUAAAAUUCUUCCUCUUCUAUGCGAUUUCUGCUCCUCCUUUCUUGCUUUCUAUUUUCCCGGAAAAUAAUAUCCCAGUCUGGAUUUUCCCGGAAAAUGCAGAGAAAAUGCUGAACGCAGGAUUGUUGUCAUAUUUCAGUUCGGGUUUCCUAUGUAAAUCAAAAGCAGACAUCGUUGUCUAUUGUUGAUGGCAUAUGCUAGUUCUACAAGUUGCUCCAAAAUAGUGUUUUUCUUGCAAUAUAUAGCAUAUCUUACUGUUUGUUGCCAUUCAAAAGAGACAGCUGGAGGGAAAAUUAAACGAAAUAGCUCUUGGGAAGUGCACUCACUUCACAUAGUAAACAAUAGAGCUUCCAUUAAUGGGUUUGCUGGAUAUUCUGUGUUCUUCUGUAUUUCUGUUUACACUGGUUGAGGCCACCAGCAGAUCAGGGAAUAUCUGGCCCCUCAAUGUUGGUGCUGAGUCCACGGGAACAGUAAGCUGGACAGUCUUCACUGCAAGUAUAUUUGUACUUGUUGCUCUUGUUCUCUCAACGUAUCUGAUAUUUGAGCAUUUAGCUGCCUAUAAUCAGCCUGAGGAACAGAAGUUUUUGAUUGGUCUCAUUUUAAUGGUUCCUGUUUAUUCAUUGGAAUCGUUUUUGUCACUAUUGGAUUCCAGCGCAGCAUUUAACUGUGAAAUUAUAAGGGAUUGCUACGAGGCAUUUGCAUUAUAUUGCUUUGAAAGAUACUUGAUUGCUAGCUUAGGUGGUGAGGACAAAACAAUUGAAUUUAUGGAAGGUAAAAGCCCAACAGAUUCCAACAGUCCUCUCCUGAAAGAAGAAUAUGCAUAUGGAGUCGUAGAGCAUCCAUUUCCAUUAAACUGCUGUUUAAGAGAUUGGUAUCUUGGCCCCGACUUCUAUCAGUCUGUGAAAAUUGGCAUUGUACAAUAUGUAUGUAGGAUUUUGAUGAUACUAAAAAUGAUCUGUGCAUUGCUGGCAAUGAUCCUCCAGGCUUUCGGGGUUUAUGGAGAGGGGAAGUUUGAAUGGAAAUAUGGGUAUCCAUACUUGGCAAGUAUUCUUAAUUUCAGUCAGACGUGGGCCCUAUAUUGCCUUGUACAGUUCUAUACUGUCACUAAAGAUAAACUGGAGCCUAUCAAACCAUUGGCAAAGUUUCUAACUUUCAAGUCAAUUAUCUUUCUGACAUGGUGGCAAGGUGUGGUUGUUGCUUUUCUUUUUUCCAUGGGAGCAUUUAAAGGGGCACUUGCUCAAGAGCUGAAAACACGUAUACAAGACUAUAUAAUCUGUAUAGAGAUGGGCAUUGCUGCUGUUGUGCAUCUUUAUGUCUUUCCUGCGACACCAUACAAGAGGGGAGAGAGGUGUGUACGCAAUGUAGCGGUCAUGGCUGAGUAUGCAUCCCUAGGAUCACCUCCAGAUCCAGCAGAGGUCCGAGACGCCGAGCGAACACCCAGAGUGCAUCUGGGUCGACAAGAUGAGAAAGAGAGGCGUGUGAAGUUCACCCAUAAUGUUCGUGAUGUGGUUGUUGGGAGCGGUGAAAUUAUUGUUGAUGACAUGAAAUUCACAGUAUCACAUGUGGUAGAACCAGUUGAAAGGAGCAUUGCAAAGAUAAACAAAACCUUCCAUCAGAUAUCAGAAAAUGUGAAACGCCACGAUGAGGAGCGGAGGAGAAGCACAAAGGACGACAGUUAUGUCGUUCCGAUGCGUUCAUGGAGAACAGAGUACUCUGAUGUUCAUGAUGGACUUGUGGAAGGAAGUGUGAGUGAUAGUGGUAUGCCCAGUGGGAAGAGACAACAACACUCCAAAGACUCGGCCUCCAGGAUGAAAAGAUAGUAUUCACCAUUUUACUUUGUAUAUAGUUUUUGCACAUAUUACAUAGGGAAAAAUUUUCUCACAAGGAUUUUGACAUGUAAUAGCAUAGUCAUGCAUAUUCUCAACCCAAGUCUUGCUUAGUCUCAUGUGCUUUCGGGAAAGGGAAAAUGUAAAAUAGCUUUUUCUUUUUUUAAAAAAGAAAAAACAAUUACAUUGGUUGAAUAGAUAUACAUGAUAGCGUAUAA